AUGACGGUCCAAAGGUACUAUUUGUUAGGGGGCGCCUUGUUCUUUUUUUUCGUUUACUGUUUGGUUCGCCCUGGGUCUUUGCGUCGUCUUGCUUUUGCUUCUGGUAUCGGUUUUGCUUUGGGAUACGGAUUGCCAGCUCUAAAUAACGUGCGAAAGCAUUCAUUUAAGGCCAUAAAUGAACCAAUCCAUUUGCUCGCACCACCGGCAGACUUCCGUAGCAUGUAUCAUCGAAUUUUUGAGCAUAUUUCAGAGCGUUAUGAUGAACUUGGCCAAAUGGAAAUUGGGGAGGAACAUAUUACAGUCAUGCAAAAUGUUUUUGCUCAGAUAGGGACUCUCGAUUUUGAUGGUAUUAGAAAAAUGUGGACUUCAGUGAUUAUACCUCAACUGCGCAGCUCCAUAAGUGGUGGCGCUCUUGUUAAUGAUAGUCAAAAUUUGCCCACAAAAAUUGAGGAAAGCGUCGUUUUUUGCGAUAUUGGAAGUGGCGUAGGAAACGUUUGUCUUCAAAUUUUGGCCGAGACCCAUUGCAAAAAAGUGGUGGGAGUCGAGGUGAUUCCUUCCAGGUUCCGCAGUGCAAAAAUUGCUCUGGCAAAUGCCAAGUUUUAUUAUCCUGAAUAUUUUGAUGGUAAAGACGCAAUUUUUUUCAAUGAUGAUUUUGUGAACUGCGUAUCAUGCUUAAAGGAACAGCAGGUGAAUGUCAUAUUUGCCCAUUCAUGGAUGUUUGACGAUGAAUUGAUGGCGAAGCUGACAGAAUUGGUCACUUCUGUGCCAACAGUGCUUUGUGUAGUGACAUCACGCAGACUCACUGAGAAAGUUUUGCAGAUUAGUCCAAUUAAGCUCGUUUCACAAGUCUACCUGACGGCCGAUUGGAAUGAAGAGGCGCCUUUUUACGUUUACACAAAAAAAUAA